GCUGCAGGGGCCGGUUCUCACCGUUCACUUGGCCAGAGUAGACCGACCCGUACGAUGCAAUGGAGAGGAUGGCUGAGCAGGGAGCCGGCUUCUCAGCUGGCGGUGUAAAUUUUUAGUACGCCCGGGGAUCGCCUGCUGCCGCUUAGAAAUGGUCAUCGAUGCCCUAUGCCAGCAAAUACAGAUUUUUAGACCUAUUGAUGAUAAACAGAGGAAGGUAUUAAAGUCAAGAUACUCAAGAGCAGAGCUGCUAAGUUGGAGAAAAAUUCAAGCAGGCAUUAUGGCUUGCAGAUUGGAAAUACCUGAGCAAACCUCAGUUCCUUUCCAGUGUGGCAUCUUCAGCUCUCUUUAUCUCUGCCAGCAAGCAGACAGAACUGUGCUGCUUCCUGAGAGUUAAUGCUGUAUCACCACAGAGAGCAGCAAUGGGAGUAUGCAGUUUUCUAUUGAAAAGUUCUCUCAAGAGCUCAUGAUUUUUUUCCAUCUCUCCUCUUAACAUUUCUACUACUCCACGGACAUGGCUCACCACGCAAGGCCUUCCAGAUUAGUCAAAAAAGAAGAGUUAGGCAAAAGGAAAACUAACCAGGGCAAAAAGAAAUCUACCCAAGUGAGAAAGAAAACCACAAAGACUUCCACAAAAGCUGUUAGUUCUGGAAAAGGCAAAAAGCCAGCGCAAGAAAAAGAUGUUAAGAAAAAACAGCAAGAAAAGAAACCAAUCAUGAGCUCUUCAGGUAGACUUCUCAGGAGCAGUGUAACUAGAGCCUUGUCUGGAGCAUCUUGGGUGAGUUUGGAGAAAGCUGACAAUAUCCUCUUUCAUAACCAGGAUUCUUUCAACAUCAAUGGCUUUACAAUGUCUCUCCGUAACCGAUCAUUCUCCCGUAGAUUGUCCCAAACUCCAACAAUUGCAAAACCCAGGAAAGCUGCAGCACAAAAAAGGCUAGAAACAAAGGAAAAACAUGAACAAGAAGCCCUGGCAGUAGUAGAAGAAAAAAACGUUGAAGCAGGUGAAAGAGUUUUGAAACAAGAUUUAGCACAAAAUGAGUUACCUCCUCUGCCUGUAGAAGAUACUCCAUGUAGUAGUGCAGGUGGAGAGCCUGCUACCACAUGUGCCAGUCAAGACAAAGAGGUAGAAAUACCUGAAACAAAUGACUCCAUUCCAAGCAGUCAGGUAACUGAUGACGAUACAGAAGCAUCAGAGGUGAAAUACAAGCAUGAAGACCUGCCCUGUGAGCAGACACCCAGCGAUCUCGAUACGGGUAGUUCAGCUGAAGCAUUUGUUGAAGGUGCUGCGCUUGUGCUUCCAUCUUCUCCUUCUGACUCUGUAAUCACCUCUGAAUCAAAUUCGAAGGUGUGUGCAGAGACUCCCUUCGAUCUGGUGCCUAACAGUAAAGAACCUGACUCCAGUUCUGUCGAUACCUCAGACCUUAGCUCAGCAGUACUGUUAGAGUCGGUCCCACUUGCCAAAUCCCACAUCGAGGCAGAGUUGGACCUGGUGCUACCUAGUGAAGAACAAAACUCUAAUUCUGCGUCUAUAGUUACCUCUGAGUUUAACUCACAAGAACGUUUAUUAGAAGAUGUACGCUCACUUGCAGAGUCCUGCUUGAAGGCAGGCUGGGAUUUAGAGUCUGAGAAUAAAGACGUUGGUUCAAAUUCCAGCUCUGUAGCUGCCACUGAAUCAAAUUCACCCUUACGUUUUGAAGGUGCAAGCUCGCUUGCAGAAUCCCAUGUGAAACUGGUUGUGGAUUUUGUACCCAUUCACAAAGAACUUGACUCAAAUUUGGAUUUGAGCUGUACAAGAGAGAAUUCAGAAUCUGACUCAAAAAACAUAUUUACAGUAUAUGAACCAGUUUCCGAUACCUCUUUAAACAAUAUUGAAGUGGAGGACAUUGAACAGCUUGUUAAAUGUAUUGAUGCAGAGACAUUAAUUUUGAAUUCAGGUUAUGUCCCCACUUUAUCUCCAGAUUUAGAAAAAAGUACAGUCGAUAAAAUCUCUGGUGAAAGCUCCAGACAAUUCUCUGAAGGUUUUGUUUCAGAGUUGCCUUCAAGCACGGAAAUCUCUGCUCUUGCCUCAGAAAAAGCCAUAAAUGCAGAUUUGCCAGCUGACUCAAGACUGCAGCAUAAUGAUUAUUCAUCACAGCUGGGAAGAGUUGGAAUAAGCUUGAAUUUGGUUCAGGACAACGUGAGCAACGGCACUGAAGCAGUUGAGGCCUCAGGGCCAUCCUCUCUUAAAAAUCCAGCUGGUGAUUACCCUGUUCCAUAUUCAUCUCUGCUCCCUAUGCUAGAGAAAAAGAAACGAAGGCGCUGUGGAGUCUGUGAGCCCUGUCUGCGGAAAACAAAUUGUGAAGAAUGCAGCUGUUGCAGGAAACGCAAAACUAGUCACCGGAUAUGUAAAAAGAGAAAAUGUGAAGAACUGAAAAAGCCACCACCGCCAAUCACGCUACCUUUUGAGGUUCUAACUGAAAACAAAAGACCUCAGAGGAGGAAGCAAAGAGUUUUAAAGGCAAAUUUAGAAAACAAACCAGUAAAUGGCCGCAGACCAGAACUCAUGGAAUGCAGUAUAUGUGGUCAUGGUGAAAAAUAUAGGGUGAAAACAAACCAAACAGUACCCAUUGAAAAUGUGCAGUCUAAGGAGAAAGAAAGAAUGACAGGCUUAGAAGCAGAGAAGUGGGCACAUAACGAGAAGCCAUCUUUUGGUGUCCAUGUCAACGGAGAUAUCCAUGGAACUGUGACGGGCAACGAAGACUUGAAAAACGCUGAAGACAGUGAAAGGGCAGUGUCUCCCAGUCGGUUAGCUGAGCCAAAAAAAUCAUUUGCACAGACCAUCAAAAAUGGCAUAAAAACCCUACAUUAUUCACCACCGGAAGCAGUUGCUUCGCUGAAAAAAGUAUCCAUAGAGGAAAGGACAGAUUUGACAAGCAACUCCCAUAUGCAAUGGAUGAAGGGUACCAAUCUGAAUAACAUAGUAAACACUCUGACGACUGGUGUUGGCUGUGUUCACCCAGCAAAACAAAGAAAUAUUUUAAUGAAAGAGGAAAACUGCACUUGCAGCAUCUUUGAGGAUUCUGAUAAGUCAAUUUUGCAGACAGGUUCCAUUUCGGAUCUGCAAGAAAGCUUGUGUUGUCCUCCACUGCCUGAAGAGGAAGUGCAUGUAGGGAAGGAUGGCUUCAAAGUACCUAACACAGGGACACAGCAUGAGGAUUCUUCACUCCAGCCGACUUUCUUGUCCCUGAUUAAAAACAGAAAUUUAACUGUAGAGCAGGUUGUAGCUAUUGAAGCUUUAACACGGUUAUCUGAAGCCCCUUUAGAAACAACUUCACCAGCUAAAACUGAAAGGACUGAAUGUACAGAAGAAACAACUUCCAACUUGCUCCAUAGUUAUAAAAGGGAUAUCUCAUCCUCCUUUACAUCUUCUGCAUUAAAAGAAAUCAAAGACACUUACUUACAGAAUGAGCAACAGCUCUUGGCUCACUGUGCUCACUCGCAGAAGCAGCUCCCUAAUAAGGCAGUGUUAUACAAUGGCCAAAGUUCAGUUUCUGAAUUGCGUGAUAAACCUGCCAAUCUGGCUGGUGAGAUGUAUAAAUUACAGUUAUCCUCAAGAGAUACCAAAACUUUAUCUGACUUAACAUCUAAUGCAAAAUCAUUUUCAGGAUAUACUACCAAGAAAAAUUACACUCAUGAUCCAGUCACCCUUGCACGGUAUUGCAAUGCUUCAUGUAAUGUCCAGCAAACAAGUAACAACUUGGACACUCUUGGCCAGUUAGAGCAAAAGCCAACCUGUAAUGAUUUGAACUUGGAAGCUAGUUCUUUAAUCAAAGAAGGAGGAAUUCACAGCCAGGAUGAAGAGGAUGUAGCUACACAACUAACUCAGCUUGCAGCGCUAAUUGAAUCAAACCAGGCAAAUCCAGAGCAGAAGAAUGACAUAAAGGCAUCACUGCUUAAUCUAAUAUCACACGAGAGGCAGCCAAAAUAUAACCAAGAUGUAUUGCAGAAAAAAGAAUCUGUAUUUUUUCGGCAUAAUUAUAGUUCCUUACUGUUAAAGCAAAAACAACCAACAAAUAAAAAAGGAAAUGCUGUACCAUGGAAACCAAGACACAAAAAGAAGCCUCAAGAAGCACGCUAUCAACAAAAUAAUCAAAACCAGCUAGAGCUGUUGUCAUGCCAGCAUAGUGAGUUACAGGACAUUUGGAUAUCAUCAAAACUGCACAAGCUUGGUCAAACCAUGCCACAGGACUCCAGAAUAGCUCCAUCUGAAAAAAAAUCUCCAAGAACCAAAGUACAGAGAGCACUAAAUCAAAAUACUUUAGCAUCACAAGAAAAACCUAGGUUAUUUCUUCCGCAAACGCAGAUAAAAUUCCAUAGAUGUUUACCUGAGGUACCACAAGAGAAAAAAAAAGACAGGUUGUUUGGCUCUGAAGUGGUGAAUGAGCAAAUCAAAACUGCAGGCUCCAGUGACCCACUAGGCAUUGAUCCACUGAAAAAUGAAGUUGUUGCACGUAACCAAUAUAGUGACCUGUCCUGUAAUCCUCUGGCUGUUUCACAGUUGAAAACAGCAUCGUUAUUGAACAGACCAAGUGAAAACCUACAGAUGUUUACACAAAAAUGUAAUUCUCAGGUACAGCAAACAGUGAAUGUCAGUCAGACGCAUCCUUUGCCUCAAACUUUUAAUCAGUUUAACCUGAGAGCUAACGAAAUGCAUAGUGAAGACAAAACCUACGUUCAGCAGGGUGCUGUCGAAAAACAAGUAGAUCCAAAGUCGCAGGUGCUGCCUGUUCCCUGUGGUGGGGCCCAGGUACCAGGUUCUGUUGAAGCUCUCAGGAAUAUGGAGUGUGCGGGCGAAGUGACCGUUCUGACGUCAACCAGUUUGGGUACUGACCACCCACAGAGCACAGGUGACUCAGGGUGUUCUCCAGCAAAAAACACGCUCAGCAGUUUCCUUGAAUCACCUAUGAAGUUUCUUGAUACCCCUACAAAAAAUUUAAUAGAUACACCUACAAAAAAAGGACAAUCUGAAUUGCCAACUUGUGACUGUGUUGAGCAAAUUAUAGAGAAAGAUGAAGGCCCAUAUUACACACACCUCGGGACAGGACCAAGUGUUGCUGCUGUAAGAGAAAUAAUGGAGAACAGGUAUGGAGCAAAAGGAAGCGCUGUAAGAAUAGAGGUAGUGGUUUAUACAGGAAAGGAAGGAAAAAGCUCUCAGGGGUGUCCAAUUGCCAAGUGGGUGAUACGAAGAAGUAGCGAUGAGGAAAAGUUGCUGUGCUUGGUACGUCAGCGUGCAGGACACCACUGCCAAACUGCCGUCAUAGUGAUUCUCAUACUGGCCUGGGAAGGGAUCCCUCAUCUCCUGGCUGAUACGCUGUACAAAGAACUGACGCAGAGUCUCAGAAAAUAUGGCUGUCCCACCAGCCGUAGAUGUGCGUUAAAUGAAGAUCGUACUUGUGCAUGUCAAGGACUUGAUCCAGAAACUUGUGGAGCGUCAUUCUCAUUUGGCUGUUCAUGGAGUAUGUAUUUCAAUGGCUGUAAGUUUGCCAGAAGCAAAAACCCCAGGAAAUUCAGGCUUCUCACUGAUGACCCUAAACAAGAGGAACUUCUUGAAAAUAAUUUGCAAACUUUAGCUACUGAUGUGGCUCCGGUUUAUAAAAAGCUUGCUCCUGAAGCUUUCCAGAACCAGGUGGAAAAUGAACACAUGGGCCCAGACUGUCGGCUUGGAUCCAAGGACGGUAGGCCUUUCUCUGGUGUAACAGCUUGCAUAGAUUUCUGUGCCCAUGCCCAUAAGGACACACAUAACAUGCACAAUGGAAGCACUGUGGUCUGUACAUUAACGAAGGAAGAUAACCGGAGAGUGGGGGUGAUUCCGAGUGAUGAACAGCUCCAUGUGUUACCUCUUUACAAAAUUUCACAAACAGAUGAAUUUGGCACCGAAGAGGGACUGGAAGCUAAGAUCAAAGCCGGAGCCAUACAGGUGCUCACAGCUUUUCCCAGAGAGGUACGAAUGUUAGCUGAGCCUCUCAGAGCUACAAAGAAAAAGAAACCAGACACAAGGAGGACCCCGACUGAAAAGCAGCCAUUAAUAGAUAAAAAAUACUCAACACCAGUAAAGCUGAAAACCGAAGCCCCAGAAAAUCUUGGCAACACUUUGCAUUGUUUAGGAAACAAAACAGAUGCUUUAAAACCUGGAAUAAAAACGGAGACUUCCGAUCACCUCUAUGCCAUGAAACAUACUUCAAACACUACUAAAAAUUGCUCUUUAUUAAAACAGUAUACGGCUUCCUCCCCUUUUCAGGUGGAUAGUUUACAUCCUUAUUCAUCUUUAGCACAUAAGCCUGGCAUAACAGCAGUGACUAACAUUCAACAAGAUUUUUCAGUUCCCUACGGGUAUUUUGAAUGCAGUAGUAAGCAACCUCACGUGACACCUUAUGUUAAUUGUAAGAACUUUGGUGUGUCGGUCAAAGAUUAUACUGGAAUUUUGCUGAAUGAGAAGAUGAAUGGUGUGCCACCGAUUCUUCCAGAGGUCACUGCUCCAGGCCCCCCAGCCCAUAAAGACCCCCUGCCCACUAUACUUGAACAUCAGCCAGACAAACAGAAUUGUCAGCUUCAGUUAGACAAUUCUCCUUCUUCACAGAUGGUCAGCUCUUGUGAUUUGUCAGUACCGCUAAGCUCUCCGGCAAAGGAUGCAGUCGGAAACGAAGCUGACUGUUCCCAUGGAUGCCCAAUGGAAAAGGGCAGCUCCCAUCGAGAACAGAUGUGCGAUUUUGACUGUAUUGACGAAAAGCAAAACAGUGCACUGGGACAACCGACUGAUUCUGAAGAAAAAGCUGAGGAAAUGUGGUCAGACAGCGAGCACAAUUUUUUGGAUGAUGACAUUGGUGGGGUUGCUGUGGCACCUUCUCAUGGUUCUAUCUUAAUUGAAUGUGCAAGACGUGAACUCCAUGCUACCACACCUAUUAAAAAACCCAACCGCAAUCAUCCCACAAGAAUUUCUUUAGUUUUCUACCAACACAAAAAUUUAAAUGAGCCAAAACAUGGUUUAGCCAUGUGGGAAGCAAAGAUGGCUGAGAGGGCAAAAGAAAAAGAAAAAGAAGCAGAAAGAUUGGGAACGGAGAGUACCGAACUAAACUCGAGCAGCAGGAAAACAAAGCAAACAAGUGAAAACAGAGAUAUUUUUUAUGAAGACAAUGAGUUCAACCAAAUUCCAUCACGCAGAGCAUUAACAGUAACUAAGGAUAACGUAAUAACAGUAUCUUCUUAUGCCCUUACACGAGUUGCAGGGCCUUACAACCAUUGGGCAUAGGUUUUAGUAUCAAAUGCCUCCUCUUGGUGCAGUGUUACACAGUGUUUCUUUAAGGUGCUGUUAAAGAACAAGUCUCGUGUCGUUUACUCUUUGCUCAUCUCAACCAUUUUAAGGCUGAGGUAAAAAAAGGGGGGGGGAUUUCUUCUUAAACUGUGACUUUAACAUUUGGUGGUGCUCAAGCACAUUUUAAGCAAAAAAAAAAAAAGUUGUAUAGUUUUAAUACAUUCUAAAAAAGAUUUUGUUUAGGUUAUUAACCUUGAUUGAAUCAUUCAGUUUAUUACCUUUAGGAAUUUAUAUUUUGGUGCUUUAAAUCAAGUCUGUUUACUACAAAAAUCAUUUAUAGGGAUUUUAACAGGUUCAUAUUUUAUGGUGUUAAAUCAAGUUAUACAGUAAUAGCUCUACACAGCUCUUGGUGCUUAACCACAUCAAACAGUUAAAAAUAAAUAAGCUGAAUUAUUACUUCAUGGUGCCAUUGCUUUAACAACUUCCAACCAUUGCUAUAUAGUCCAAAUUACAUCUGAAUCUUUUAGAAAACCAAUGAAUUUUUUUCUCUAGAUUUGUCAUUAUGUAUGAAAUGAAGUUAUUGGUAAUGAUGGCUGGAAGUUGUUUUUAAGCUGUAAAUAUAUAUUUUAAAAGCACUUUCUAUUUUUAAAAUUAACUUGAAAUAGUAUAGUAUAAGGAUCAUAUUGUCUAAGGUUUGUGCAUACUCUACAGAAGAGAUCAUUUUAUUCUUGCUGUGUAGAGUUCCAUAUUGUUACAGCUGCAGUAUGUAUGCUUAAUAGCAUAUGUGAUUGUUUUUAGACUUGCCCUUUUUCAUCGAAGAUUUUAUGUUGCGUAUAAACAACAGUUAUGAAAUACAGAAACAUUUUAUUAUUUUCAAGAGAGUGUACAAACAUGAAAUUAGGAGACAUCUUGUCAAUACGUGUGUUGCUAUUGGGAGUUAGGAAUAUUAUUUGGGUUUUUUAAAGGCAGCAUUUAUGAUUUCUUUGAGCAAUAAGUGCGUAAGUCUCAUUCGUUUGGAGCAUUAUAAGUUAACAUGACAACCAAAUGUUCCUAAUGCCUCAGGGGUAGGAUUGUUUUGGGAUAAAAAAAUACCCCCUAGAGUUGCCUUAUUCUAUUCUGGAAAAAAAAAGAAAACAAAAAAAUUGGGGAAAAUACAAAGGAAGUGUUGGAAAAGUAGGAAACUUCUAAUAUUU